AUGGAUUUAGUUGAUAUGGGGAAGACAUUGUUUCAGGGACCUUCGAAAGCAGCUCAUUGUCCGAAAGCUGUCACCCUGCGAGUUGAUCCCAAUGGUCACAUACUUUACUGGAUACCACGGAUAAACGAUGCAUCGAACUACAUCUUCAUCCAAGACAUUGUGGACGUCCGGAUCGGAAGACAAGCUGCUCAUGCUUAUGAAUCUAUGAAGAAGAACGACAGUAGCACAAUGACUGUGGUGAGCAACGUGGACUUCGUUCAUCCUGUCCUCACUACCUUUGUGUACUCGAAAGAUGAUCCGAAAAGUGUGAAGACCUGGGCAGAUUUUCUUCUUCCAUUUUCGAUGAACGUUCGAAGGCAGCAUUUUGGUGUUCUCUAUCACAUAAAGAAGUCACUUGCACCCUUUUUUUACGCCUCCGAAACGAAGGAACUCUCGUUGAACUGUUUAAAAAGAGCUGUGAUGGCGAGCUCAAAAGAUUCGUCAAUUGGAGACGCGGAAACACUGUACCAACCAACCUCCUCAGAGGGCAAUGUGCCGCUGAGUGAAAAAAUUGCCGAUAAAGAUUUGGUUGAACUCCUGCUGACGAACGGAGGCGAAGGACGUGGAGUGAGGAGAGUCUUCGAAGAACUCUGCGAGAAUGGAGACAAGAACAUUACGCGCAAAGGCUUUCUUCGCUUCUUGCAAGUUCUCCAACGCGAUCCAAGGCUGAACGAGGCCAGACAUCCCAAAAUCAGCGAAAGAGGAAUGGACAAUCUUUUGAAAUCACUCGGUUACCCUAAAUGUUUGCAAGUGAAAGGAGCGCAGCUGUUCCCAUCUUCCAGCCACAGGGAGGCUCUCGCCGAUGUUGAAAUAUACAGACAGGUUCUUCUAUCAGGUUGCAGGUGCAUUGAAUUGGACUGUUGGGACGGCUCAGACGGACCGGUGAUCACUCAUGGACCGGCAGCUGUUAUGCGUAUGAAUGAAAUCCCACUAAAGGUAAGCAUGUAUUGUGAAGAAGGUAUCUAUGAGCACGAUCUCCUACAAAGCAACCUGAAUUUGGUUGUGGCAAGUUUUUCUGCCCCAAUAUAUCGCGCCAAAGCCCUCUUCCUACUCGGAUCUCAGCUCCGUGGUUCCUUUCACUUUCCUGUGUAG